UGAAUGGGCGUGCGUAUUCAGACCCCUGAGCGUGGAAGCGCGUGUUGAUGCAUCGACGCUGUGACUGCUGCUGUAUAUAAACCAGGAGCUGUCCCAGUGGCCCGGUGGUGUUGGAUAAAGCGGCAGACGGCGAGAAGAUUGGCCUGUUAAAUCUAGGAGUACCACGCCACUGGUCUACACCAUGAGCCGCGACAAGACAACACCGAAACCCCGCGUGCUGCGGAAGCUGGGGAACUUAGAAAAGUACCAAAUCGGCAUGCACCAUUGCCGAUACUACACAGGGACCUCGGUGCUGUGCCGCUAUGUCAUCCCCCGCUCCGUCUUGGAGACGGCAGCUCCCGGGGCCGCCUGCGAGAACCCGGGGGCUGCCGCAGUGGCCCGGGUGCUGGAGCUGGCCGUCGCUAGCGUGGUGUUGGAGCACCCUCUGCUGCGCGUCGGGCUCAUAGGCGAGGCCACUGGUGACCCCUCCUGGGUCGAGCUGGACAAAAUCAACCUCGCCGACCACAUCGAAUGGCGCUUCCCAGAAACCGCCGCAGACGACGCCGAGGCGGGGCGGCAGCGCCACAAGCUGGUCCAGGAGCAGCUGGACACCGAGUUCACCGACUUCGAGGCCCGGCCCGGCUGGAGGGUCAUCGCGUCCUGGCUGGGCCGGCAGCGCGUCGACGUGCUCUUUGUGUGGAACCACGCGCACUUGGACGGCAUGAGCGGCAGGAUGUUCCAUGGGUCGCUGCUACGCCACCUGAACAGCAGCAGCAGCAGCGGCAGCGGUGCGGCGCCGGCCCUUCAGGACGGCGCCCACGUGCUGCCCGUCUCGACGCCCAAGGACCGGUUCCCGCCCGCGCAGGACGACGUCGUCGUCUUCCCCAUCUCGGCCGUCUUCGCCGCCAAGGAAGGGUGGAAGGAGUACCGGCCCGCGUCGCUGACGCCGCGCGACGAGCGGGCCACGCUGGCCCACUGGGUGCCCCGCGUGCAGCAGCAGCACGGCGGCGGGCGGCCCGAGUCGCGGCUGCGCAUCAUCGAGACGUCCGCGGCCGACCUGGGACCGCUGCUGCGGCGCUGCCGGGACCGCGGCACGACGCUGACGGGCCUGCUGCACGCGCUGGCGCUGGCCUCGCUGUCGCUGCAGCUCGCCGACGGCGGCGGCGGCGGCGACAGGGAGGGGCUGGCGAGGGGGUUCGCGGCGGUGACGGCCAUGAACACGCGGCGGUUCGCCGACGAAAAGGUCGAGCAGGCCGACGGCGGCGCCGGCAACCGCAGGUGGCGCAAAAAGUACCCCUGGUUCGAGCCGACGGGCGCCAUGGGCAACUACGUCUCGUCGCUGACGCACAAGUUCUUCCCGCCGACCGUGGCCGAGAUGCGGCGCGCGUGGGCGGCGGCGGGCGGCGCGCCCAAGGGGACGCUGCCUGGUCCCCUGCGGGAGCUGGUGUGGACGGCGGCCGUCAUGGCGCGGAGCGACAUCGACCGGCGCAUCGAGGCCGGGCCCAAGGACGACGUCAUGGGCGUCAUGAGGGCGGUGGGCAACUGGAACGACUUCCUCAAGGCCAAGUUCAAGCGGGCGCGCGACGCGUCGUGGCUCGUCACCAACAUUGGCGUCAUCGACGGCGGCGGGGCGGCAGAAGGGGAGGAGCGCUGGACCGUGGACGACGCCGAGUUCCACUGCGGCGCCAACAUCGUUGGCGCCGCGCUAGAGAUCAGCACCGUCAGCGUCAAGGGCAAGGGGCUGAAAACGUCCAUCUGCUGGCAGGAGGGCGCGAUAGAAGAGGCGAUUGGAGAGGGGUUUGCCGCCAACCUGGAGGCGUGGCUGAGGGAGCUGGCUGGAGACGGAAACCCAACCAUCCCGAAUGGACACUAAGCGAAGAAUUGGAGAAAUGCAGCCAUAAUUGGAGUCGGCUACGACAAAACUACAACACAUAGAAUCGUACAGAAUAUCGCAAGAUUGUUAGCGGAGCGCAAUGGACACGUUUAAAAUUGCUACUAAUAAUUGUAUUGCAGCUAACAAAUCGCC